UACCGAAAGAAAUCCUGUUAAUAUCACCACAAACAUGCAUCCUGGUUGCUGGCAAUUGUAGUUUCGGCUUGCUUCGGUGUGGUAGUCGGUGGCCGAGUAGCCGUGGUAUUGUUUUCAUACUGGUCGGUGGACUUUUGUUCCCCAACACACGCAGCUCAAUCGAUUUUAAUUCAAUUAGAACAAAGCAAGGCACACUUUAAUCAACACGUACGCUCAAUGCGCUUCGUUAAUAGUGUGCCACUCGCGAGUUGGUAGUUCUCCGGCAUCCGUACAACUUCGCUUAACAAGCCGUCCGUCAGUUCUGCUUACCCUGCAUAAAGCAGGAAACAGAGAACGGAACUGCCUGCACUGUGGCCCUGGCAGAGCAGCAACAACCCGACCAUCCGGACGGUAGGCGGAAAACGAUGAAAAAACGGAGUAGUCCUCCGCCGGCCGCCGACGGCGGCAUUGGCAAUGAAACGCAGCUGCACGCCUCAGAGCGCACGAUGGCCAUUAACGAGUUUAAGUUUAUCAACGAGCGGCCGGUCGACGAUAUAUCGCUGAACUUUUUCUACAAACCCCACACGAUCACCCUGCUGGCCGUUUCGAUAUUCGGAGUGAUGUACUUUGCGUUCGUACGUGAUCAGUCGGAUAUUCACGAAAACAUAUGGGCCGGCAUGGUGUGUGUGAUCUUCUUUUUCCUCAUAAUCUCCGUGCUCGCGUUUCCGAACGGUCCGUUCACCCGUCCGCAUCCGGUGGUCUGGCGCAUGCUUUUCGGGCUGUCGGUGCUGUACCUGAUGUUCCUACAGUUUCUCAUGUUCCAAGACUACAGGUCGAUCAUGGGCAUCUUCUAUUGGUUCGAUCCCAAGCUGAAGGACUUUCACAUCGACAUGGAGAAGCAAUAUGCCACCAACUGUUCGGAUAUGUCGCUGGAGCGCAUCUGGUCGCACGUGGACGUGUUCGCUUGGGGUCACUUUCUUGGCUGGGCCUUUAAGGCGGUCCUCAUCCGGCACAUGGGCAUUCUCUGGGCCAUCUCGAUCAUGUGGGAGAUUACGGAAAUUACGUUUGCCCAUCUGCUGCCAAACUUUGCCGAGUGCUGGUGGGAUGCGAUGAUACUGGAUGUGUUAAUGUGCAAUGGGUUCGGCAUUUGGUGCGGACUGCGAAUCUGCAAGCUACUUGAGAUGCGCGAGUACAAGUGGGCCAGCAUACGUGACAUCUUUUCCACAACUGGCAAGCUGAAGCGCGCUGUUCUACAAUUCACUCCCGAAAGUUGGGCCCCCGUACGGUGGCUCGAUCCGAAGUGUACCUAUAUGCGAUUUUUGGCCGUUUCCCAGCUGGUGCUUCUGUGGCAGUUGACCGAGUUGAAUACGUUCUUCCUGAAGCACAUCUUUGAAAUGCCCCCGUCGCAUCCGGUAGUGAUCGGUCGAUUGGUAUUUGUCGGUCUAUUUACUGCACCAUCCGUCCGGCAGUAUUACAUCUACGUUACGGAUACCCGCUGCAAGCGGCUCGGUACCCAGUGUUGGGUUUACAUCGCAAUCCUUGUGUCGGAGGCCAUACUUUGCAUCAAGAAUGGCAAAGAACUUUUCGAGCGGACGCAGGUGAAGAACAUUCUGGUGUGGCUGCUGAUACAGGCUGUGCUUUCGGUGCUCUUCGUGUACGGUUGUAUGCUGUGGCACCGAUACGUUGGUGAGGAUGACUCAAGGGAUGGCUCGCCGGUGAAGAAAGCGAAUCGCACGUUCAAAGACUCUGCCAUCGUAUCAGGCGAUUCCAAAGGCAGCAAAAGCGGUGGUGCAUCGUCGGCCAAAAGCUCACCAAAACCUACGCCAACCAAAAAUACCCGAUCUCAGCAGAUCUCGCCACCGCGCGGCUCAUCGGUGAACGCGGGCCGCGAACACCUUGACUAGUACAUCCUACCGAGAGUACAAAAGAACUAGAGAUUAGCUUCGAAAAGCGUUUGUGGUUUCGUGUGAAGAAGGGCCCCGUGAAUUAUCAUAGCAUAUUGCCGUUCCAAGUGGUUGGGGUGUCAUGAGGUGGUCAACCACUAGACUGAGCUCCCCGAUGGAGGAGGUGAUCGAAAUGUUUCUGCGCUGCUAAACUCUCACAUAGUUUUCAUCGAAAACCAAAUAUGCACGAUGACCUUCUUAUUGCUGCUGUAGUGUACUGUUUGCUCAUUGUUAAUCUUCCACUUUCUACUCAAGUUUGCUCAGUUUCAGUUUGUAAAUUAUUAAAUAUAGCCGUUUUUCCGUUCUCUUUCCGACUUCAUCUGCACCCUGCUUCACAUUUGCAUGCUCAGCACUAUCGCUAGGCUUUUCGUGCCAGCAUCCUUUGAACGUGCGUCCUGUAGGUGAUUUUGGGUGCCAGGGCUCACCCAAAUUCGUUAGUUAGUAGCUAGGAUAAUAUGAGACCUUGUGUAGGACAAAGAAAUGACAGAAGGCGAGUGAGUUAGAAAAUAAAUGUUUCCAAAUUGUACCGUGCCGCGGCACUGAAGAAUCGCCCACGGAUUCCAGCGGAGGUGCUAGUAAACCAUUUAGACUGAUGGUCGUUUCCAUCGUGUGUAAGUUUGACUCAACAGGCUUCCUAUCUUGCGUUAUACUAUUACACAAACACAAAUGUUGUACCAUACAAGGUCCGCGUUAGACAUCGUAAUUUGCAUUGAGCUUAUUCAUUCCGGUCCAAUCGAUGGGUAGCAGCACCAGGAGCUUGAGUGUCGAAGCAUCCGAACAUCCAGCCACCGUGCCACUCUGCGAUCUGACAUAUCUCUGGGCGAAAGAUGGUGGCGCGGAGCUCUGCGGUUUCGAAUUCGUUCCAUGUUUUGUAAAAUGUGCUUCAGCGUGCGCCAAUGGAGAACCAGACAGUGAGCAAACACGCCCUGAGCCCCACGGGGCUGUGAUACCUGCAGUAAUGAAAGGUAGUGGAGAAACUACCUUGCGAAACUUUUCUUAGGCUUAGACUAAUCAAAAAUCUCUCUAGUCAGUAAGAAACGAAGCGGAAGAAACUGAAAAUAGGAUGUUUCAACUGCUCUUCCUACAAACCUCGUGUAUAUGGCCAGAAAUCGGAGCUAGCGUCAACCAAAUAUUCUUUCGUUCUAGACCAUGCGCUUAGCAGAGUUGGCACCGAUGUUCGGGGAUAAGGUUUUAGACAGUUUGUAGUAAGAAUUGAACGUUUUCUCUCGUAUCGUUUGAUGGCUAGUUAUUUGUUUUCGGUUUGUUAUUCAAAGGUUUUGGCCGACGUUCGGCCAACGAAGAGAAAUAACUUUAAGAAAUGGAAAUAAACGUGUGAAG